UGAUGUAUAUGUUCUUUAAUUACCUGGAAGUAAUGGAACAAGCGCAGGAUUCGGUUAUGCAAGAAGAUGCAAACAUUAAGGCUAUUAAUGAGGAGUACAGGAAAGCCUUUAUAUUUAUCAAUAAAGGACUGAACACAGAUGAACUGAGUCAGAAGGAAGAGGCAAAAAAUUACUAUAAGCAGGGACUAGACCACUUGCUUCGAGGAAUCAGCAUUCCCUCACAGGACCCUGCAUGUGUGGGAUCCCAGUGGGAGUCUGCCAGGCAGAUGCAACAGAAGAUGAAGGAGACCCUCCAAAACGUUCGCGCUCGACUCAGUGUUUUAGAACAAGAUGUCUCCACUGUGCAAGGAAGUCCUGCUGCAACAGAUGCCCCUGCUGAGGUACCCAAGCUGUACCCUUCUGUUCCUUUUAAAGAGAAGCCGGAAAGACCUCCUGCACCUACUUCUCUGCUGGCACCCAGCCAGCCACCUGUGGCCAGCAGAAGUGGUGCAAGUGCGAGYGAGGGACAGAUUCCAACAAUGAGUCCAUCAGAUCCAAAUCCUCUCUGUCUGCCAAAUGAAGCACCUCCUGCCUACACACCUCAAGCUGCCGAUGGCCAUUUUACUGUGUCCUAUGGCACAGACUCUGGGGAGUUUUCAUCUGUAGGUGAAGACUACUAUAGAAAGUGUAACCAGCCACCUCCCCUUGAAAAUCUGGGGGUGGAUGCGGAUGAACUGAUCUUGAUUCCUCAAGGAGUGCAGAUAUUCUUUGUGACYCCUGAUGGGCAAGUUAGUGCUCCUUCAUAUCCUGGAUAUCUACGCAUCGUGAARUUCUUGGAUGCAGAUAGUGAGACGGCUCAGAAUCGUCCACCUGCCUUUCUUCAGGUUUGUGACUGGAUGUAUCCUCUAAUGAGUAAUCAGUCUCCUGUCCUGUGCUGCAACACCGGAGUCUACAUGUUCCCUGACACCAUGUCGCAGGUGCCAGGAUCUUAUGUGGGAGUCGUGUUGUCCUCAGAACUUCCAGCRGCUGACAGGGAGCUUUUUGAGGAUUUGUUAAAACAGAUGUCUGAUCUUCGAAUCCAGGUGCCAGGAUCUCAUGAGAAAGUAGGGUUAUCUUCAGAACUCCCAGCAGCUGUGAGAUCAUAUUUUGAAGAUAAGGUAAAACAGAGGUCUGGCCACAAAGUCCAGCCUGCAGAAGCCUCUAGUGAUGCGUUUAGCUUGCCUCAGACUGUGCACAUUCAACCACAAGUUGAAGGAGAGGAAAGAGCAAAAGAGCUGCCGGAAUGGAGUGAGAAAGUUGCCCAUGGAAUCUUGUCAGGUGCAUCUUGGGUAAGCUGGGGCCUCAUGAAAGGAGCAGAAUAUACUGGCAAGGCUAUCCACAAAGGAGCUUCCAAGCUGCGGGAGCAUAUUCAGCCAGAAGAAAAACCUCUGGAAGUCAACCCAACUGUAGCAAAGGGGCUUCAUGUAGCGAAACAGGCUACUGGAGGAGCUGUGAAAGUCAGCCAGUUUUUAGUUGAGGGAGUGUGUUCUAUAGCAAGCUGUGUUGGGAAGGAGCUGGCUCCGCAUGUGAAGAAGCACGGCAGCAAAUUAGUUCCAGAAUCCCUCAAGAAAGACAAAGAUGGAAAAUCCACUUUUGAUGGAGCGCUGGUGGUAGCAGCAAGUGGAGUUCAAGGUUUUUCAACAGUGUGGCAAGGUUUAGAAAGCGCAGCCAAGUGCAUUGCUAAAAGUGUUUCAACCGAGACUGUAAAAACUGUGAAAUACAAGUAUGGAGAGGAUGCUGGCCAUGCUACAGACAAUGCUAUGAAUUCUGCAAUCAAUGUUGGCAAGACAGCGUUUAAUAUUGAAAACAUUGGGAUCAAAGCUGUGGUGAAGAGAACAGCAAAAGAAACUGGCCAUGCUGUGCUGGAUGAAUACAAAGUACUGGAUAAGGAGAAAAAGGAUAAAAAUAGAGAGCAAUGAAAUAUUUCUCCAAGCCUUACAUUAGCAAUGAAACUUCCUGUUAAGAAGUAGCUAUAUUGUUAAACUGUGAUUUAACACAAAGCAUACUGUACUUUUCAAGCAACUAUUACCUAAUUUGACCUGAAAAUAUAAAGGCUGAGGAGGUUGAGGUUUUCCUUUCUUACAGGGAAAAAUGAAAGUCUCCUUAAUUCAUCUUUCUGUAUUGAUGKCGGGAAUUUUGACUGUUUGAGGGGUAUGAGUUUGCAGUUAAUAAACUUGCCUCUGGAAGCACUUUUUUUUUCAGGAUGUAACAUGAAACAGUAGAGUAAUACAGAAACAUUAUUGUGAAUAUUUUUGUAAUUCUUUAUAUUUAUAAAGCAGGUUGUGAUAUUGAACAAAUAGGGUUACUAAGUCUGUUCUUAAUUAUAUUUAGUUUUACAAAAAUAAGCUUUACUAAAACKAAGUAUUUAAUAUACUCUCCUUAUUUAAGUAUUGUGUUUUAUUCUUUUGUUUUCUAGAGAAAUUCUUUUCAUAGACACUAAAAAGCAAAUCUUAUCCAAAGUUCAUAUUGGAAGAAAUGAAAGACAAAUCUCAGGUAACUAGAUAGCCAUUCCCUUCAAAAUUACUUUUUCAUGCAUCAUCUGAACAAACCAAAGAUACCAAACAUUUCCUCUAAAUAGAGGGUACCUGAUCUGUAGAGAAAUGUAUUUUUCAGCUGGCACUAUAAAUAAUAUUCAGAGAUUAUUUGAAAUGGAGAUUUUUAUAUGGAGAAGUGCAUUUCUGCACAAACAAAAUAUUUUUCUGUCAAAAACAUUCUAGAGAGGCCACAAGAAAUGCCCAUGUACUCUGUACUUUUCAGAUAGUCCACAAAAAGUCAAGCAUACAUCGUUUCGAAUAGAAGACAUAGUACAUACUUCUUGUCUUCUAUUAGAUGGCAUGUUUGCUUCAAGAACUAGUUCUAACAGUCAGCACCUUUAUUCCCAUGACUUCAGUCACACAAGGUACGUGUAUGAAAGGUAUGAAGACAAGCACCUUGCAUUGGAUGUAUAUGGAAUAUAAUAGACACUACAGUGUAGCUUUGUUGCAGUGUGUAAUAACUCCACGUAGAACAACUUGGUAAGGGCCCUCUUUCCUUCUGAGAUGCUUUUUCACUGCUGCUUUAUUUAAAUGAAUUUGAGGUUUAAAGUAGGUUUUAAAGCUGCUGUACAUUCUAGUCUUGACUGGUCUGGURCAGGGGGAUCGCUGUUGAUUUAUUUACAACUCUCCUUCCUAUCAAAUAAUGGGAGAAAAUAACUGGAAUGGUUGUUGGAAGUGGUAWUUGU